AUGGAGUUUUCUAACCUUUACGAUGAUAUAUCAUCUGUUGUUGAAGAAACCAACAGUAGUUUCGACACUGUUUGCAGAAACAGGAGGCGAAAUUACGAUGAAGAAGAUGAUGAUAACAAUGAUGAUGAAGGGAAAUUUAAGUCUAAGAACCUCAAAGCAGAAAGAAAAAGACGUGAAAAGCUCAAAUCCAGGAUGCUACAAUUACGAUCUCUAGUUCCUAAAAUAACAAAUUUGAACAAAGAAACGAUCAUAACUGAUGCUAUUGAUUAUAUCGAGGAGCUUAAAAUUUCCGUGACAAAUCUGACUAACAAGAUACAUGAAAUGGAAGUUGAAAUGGCAAUGGACGAAUCAUUUGAUAUUAUCCAACUUUGCCCUCAGGAAAAAAUGAAAAAUUGGGGUAUAGAGUUGGAAGUCGAGGUGAGCCGUAUCAAUGAGAAUAAGUUGUGGAUGAAGAUAAUUUUUGAGAAAAAAAUAGGAGGGUUUACAAAAUUGAUGGAGGCAAUGAGCAUGCUCGGGAUUGAAGUUGUUGAUAUAAGUGUUACAACCACAAAAGGGGCAAUUCUUAUUACUUCAUGUAUUGAGGAUUCUUGUUGUUUCCAUUAUGACAUUCACUAUGCUCUUAACAAAGAUCAAUGCACUCGAAGGGCUAGAGAACGGUUUUGUUCGGGUUGUCAGUUAGGCCAACCACCAUAUUCGUCGGCUUCUGGACCUCAUUCAAGUGUGGAUACAACGGAAGGUCACAAGAAGAACAAGUGAAGUGCAUUCUUAGAACUAUUUCCUUUGUUGUUUUUCCAUUAUCUUAUGUAGCUAUUAAAUAGUCUUUGAUAUGGAAAAUCUAAAACGUAAAAUUAAUUUAAUGGAUGAAGAUACAUUCCUAAUCCUAAUAUAAAAUAGAUGGUAUAUUGUGAACCACAUGCAUGUCUUAUAAAUUAAGAAGCUGCAAAUGUCAUUUUCCAAUGUAUGUGGAGGAGAUUAACAACACCAAACAUUACAAGUACAACUUUUUUUCAAGAGCAAAUUAUACUGAAAAAUAGCAAAUAUGAUCAAAGGAGUGGAAUCAUUCUGGAACGUGUGAUGUUUCAACAAAAUGAAUUAGAUGUUUGGAAUGAAUUAGAUGGUUGGUAAUAAACUGGUUCCAAACCCCGUUGUUGAUGUUUGGAAUGAAUUAGAUCAGAAAGUUGUUAUUCUUCUUCAUGUCUCUCUUAUAGAAGGAACCGCUGCUGAGAUCAUGGGUCUAUCCACUGCUCUUGAAAUCUGGAAUGCUCUUGAAACUGCCUACAAUAAUCAUUCGGUAGAAAGAGUUAAUUCUCGUCGUGACAAAUUGCGUAGUAUCUCCAAAGGUACCAAUUCAGUUGCUGAUUUUGCCCGCAAAUUUAAAGGUAUUUGUGAUCAAUUAGUAGAUAUUGCUAACCCAUUGAUGAGGUUGACAAACUUCAUUGGUUUUUGUGCGGAUUGGGACCCUCCUUUAAAACUUUUUCCACCGCUAUUUGCACUGCUAAAACACCACCUCUGUUUCAUGACCUCUUGUCUCAAUCUGAGAGUCAUGAUAUGUUUCUCAAGUAUGUUCAUGCUACAUCCCUACCUCAAGCAGCCUUCACAGCUCAACAAAGUAGAUCUAAAUUUGGAUCCUGGUGUCAAAACCGUGGCAAAGGAAAAAACUACACUGGCUCUUCUCAUGGACAUAACAACGGUGGUGGUCAUGGUGGUGGUAGGCGUCCACCUUAUUGUCAACUUUGUCACACUAAUGGAUACUACGCCCCUGCUUUCACUAAACUGCAUUCUUUUGCUGCUAAUGCACCUGUUUCUGAUGAAAAGUUGGCCAAAUCAUUUCAUGCUCAGUGUAAUGUUGCUCUUGAUGCUCCUGAUUGGUAUGUUGAUUCAGGAGCCACAACUCAUAUGACCCCGACUCAAGAUAAUGUUACGCAUCAGGCACCGUAC